AUGGAAAAAAUUGAGAGUCCUGAGGAAAAAAGAAUCUUUAGAAAGCUUUGGUCAUAGGAAAAAAGCUUCUAUUUAGAAACUGGUUGUGUCAAUAAUUGCUGCCAUAUUCUAGGAGAAAAAAUAGAUGCUUAAAUGCUCACAGAAGCAGUGAAUUAUUAAAUAGAAAAGAAUCCAAUGUUAGGAAUGACUGUAGAGUAAUGCCUUGAUGGGGAGUACUACUGGGUUGAACUAGCCAAUAAAUAAAUAAACUUAGUUUAGGAAUUCAUUAUAGAGGACGAUAAAUUACUAUAAGAAAAGUAGACUGAAAUAAUAAAUCUACGUUUGGAUUAUUCGAAAGUACUUCUAACUGUGAAUUUAUUAUAAACCUAGGGAAAAAGUAUAGUAAUGCUUGGAUACCCUCAUUGCUUUGCUGAUGGAGUGAGUGGAAUGAUACUCAUAAAUGGAUUAUUAAACAUUUACAAUCUCAUUAGACAAUAAAAACAUGAUGAGAUUAAAAAGAUUGAAGUAAUUUAGCCAAUUCCACAUGCUUAAGACCUUGCAUUUCCUAAUGGGUUGAAUCCUUAACAGGAAUCGAGAAUACAAGAAAUUUUAAUAAACACAUAAAAAGUUAGAAAUAGUUGGAAGCCUUCCCUUCCAUUCGUACAUUCAGAGAGAUAACUCAGAAACAUUCCUUAAUUUAGAGAUAGCUCUAAAGAAUGUUUCUUGAAGUUAGUUUAAAAAUGUAGAAGCGAAUAGAUAACAAUUGGAUCAGUUCUAGUUUCAUGUCUUUACUUCGGCCUCUCUAAAAUGCUUGGGGAAUAUAAAAUAGAUUUGAAAUUUGAUAUUGAUGUAAAUCUGAGAGAUAGAUUCAUCAAUAAACUUGGAUUUAAAAAUAUAGGCAUGCUUGUAGGAGUUAUUCAACUUAAUAUCUCUAUGGAUGAAAACACUUAAUUCUGGGAAUUCGCAAGAUAAAUUCACAAAUAAAUCAAGUAAUCUUUAUUGAAUGAAGAUCAAUUCUCCUAUCUUACAGUUAACAGCUUGUUUAAUUGGGAUUCAGAUGAGUAUAAACAAAAUCUCAAACAAAAUGGAGGCCUUACAAGCAAUUUCAACUUCUCAAAUAUUGGAAAAUACCCUUUCAACCCUAUUUAUUAAGCUGAAGGACUUUAAGAUAUCAAAUUAGAAAAAAUGUAUUGUGCAGGAAAUGAUUGGGUGCCAUAUUUCGGGGCAUAUUUGAUAUUGAUAAAUUGUGUCGAAUCAUUCAAUUUCACUUUAAUUGUUAAUGAUUAAGAAGAUAAUAAGAAGACAGGACAGACUCUCUUUGAUUAUUUCACAAAUUUAGUUGAAGUUUCACCUGAUCUUGGUGAAAGCUUUAGUUUGAAGAAUUAUCAUUCUUAGAGAUUUAUUUGA